AUGCCCAAAAGCACAUCACGUGGUGGUAGCACAAAUACACUGCAGCAACAACAACAAUCAGAUGAUUCAGAGCAAUCAACAACAACAACUUCACCUCCCGAUAAUGAUACCAACAAUACAAAAAACAAACGUGUCGUUAAAACACCCUAUACUAAAAGAGCCUGUAUAAGUUGCCACAAGGCUAAAGUUAAAUGUUCUCAUGAGAGACCAUGUCAGAGAUGUAUUACCAAACAUAUUGAAUCAACAGCAACAGCAGCAACAACAACAUCAACAACACAACAACAAUUAGCCUUGAUUCCUAAUCACCAAUUUUGUCCCAUGAUUUUACUUCCAACAACAGCUGGAGGAGUUGGUGCUUUUAAUGCAGCAGCCAUGUUUCAUCAUCAUAAUUUAGUAAUGCCAACAACAACAGGAGCUGGUUCUAAUCCAGCUGCACUUGCACUUCAACCAACAACAACCACUAGUACUAGUACAGGCUCAUCUACAAAUUUUGUGAAUGGUUAUCCUGCCUCUUCUUUGGCAGCAGCAAGUUUCAAUCAAAUUGUUGAUGUAACCGAUUCAAUAAAUAACAACCAUCAUACUACAACAUCAUUGGUCACUACACCUUCUUCAUCAUCAUCAAAUUUAUUAAAUAAUUAUCAUCAUUAUCAUCAAAAUAAUAGUGGUGGUGCUGAUUUAAUGAUGAUGGAUGGAAAUGUUGGAGAUGAUUCACCAUUCCUUUCUAAACAUUCACCUGGAUUGUUUUUCAAUGAACAUAGCAUGAAUGAUGACCUUUUUUCAACUUCUCCACUUCCUCAUCAUAAUUCUGGUCAUAACUCAACUGGAUUUAAUCAUCGUUCAAUUAUUAAUGAUGAAGGUAUUGACGAAUCCAUUGUUGCUUCUGAAUUGGUUAAAGAUGAUGAGGAAAUUAAUCAAGCUGAUAGUACAAGUUUAGUUGACAAUUCCACAGCUAUGGAGCUUCAACCAUACAAGUCAAAUCCUUCAAUUCAUCAUAAUAAUAAUAAUGAUAUUACUCAUUUGGGUAAUUUAAUAUGUAUGGUACUUCAAAGACAGGACAAACAAGCUAGAGAUUUGAAAGAAUUGAAAGAUGACAUUAUUGAGAUUAAGAAAUAUCUCAUGCCAAAAGGUUCAAAUAAUAAUAAUGGAAGAAAAUCAUCUGCCUUAAGACCAAUUGAUUGAAUGAAGAGAUUAGAAUAAGUUAUUGGCUUGGAAUAAUUUUGAAACAGUUGGUACUGAUGAUGUAGAAUAUAGCCUCAAUGAAAAGGUUGAAUUCAAAACAUCUAUCUAGAGAAUGGAGAACAUAAAUUUUAUUUUUUGACAAUUUUUCUUCGCGUUCAAUUACAAUGAAGAAUACUGAUAAGUGAAGAAACAAUAAUUAGAAUAUUCUUCUUAAGAAAAUCAAUGGAGAAAAAAUUUGAAAUCUUGGAAAUAGUUUUUCAUUUUGUAAUUUUAGACGGGAAGCCUGCCAGGAAUAUGGCGACAAUCCCGCUACAGUCUUUGACUGUAUGAACGGUGAAGGCAACGAAUCUAUUGAUUGUUGGUUCAGUAAGUUUGUUGUUUUGAAAAGCUUGCUACGUGACCAUUUAUUUAUCAUCUUUGAAUUUUAUCUAUUUAGAAAGAGAAACUUGUGGUUGAUAAAUAAACGAUCAAAUUUAUCC